CUACCCCGCUGUCCGCGCCCGUCGCCCUUCACAAGCACAACAUAAAUUAAAAAGUUAACUGCAAACUUUUAUUAUUUAUGAAAGUUACGAUUUCAUGUAAACAAAAGCUAAAUACAAUGUGAUAUUUGCCCAAAGUGAACUUAUUAAGUAGUAUUGGAUUCAAAAAAAGCAUUUUAUGGACCAAAUACAGUUAAAAUAGUGCUAAACAAUGUCUGCAACAAGUGGAAGUAGCUCAUCCCAGAGUCCGCCGGUCAUGGCUUCCAUAGGCGAUGUGGGUGCAUUGUUUCAGACGGCUAAAAAGUAUGAAGAACUCAACGUUAUUGGCACAGGUGCAUACGGCACAGUAUACAAAGCACGAGACCUCCACAAUGGUGGACAGAUAGUUGCCAUGAAGAAGGUUAAAGUAGCACUAACAGAGGAUGGUAUCCCGCUAUCUACACUGCGAGAAAUAGCACUGCUUAGGCAACUAGAGGCAUAUAGACAUCCUAAUAUUGUUAGACUCCUAGAUGUCUGUCACGGUGGUCAAUCGUUGGAGAGGGAUCACCAAUUAAUACUGUUCCUAGUUUUUGAGCAUGUUGAGCAAGAUUUAGAUUCCUACUUGAAAAGAGCACCUGGACCGCUGUCUGAGAAUAGAAUAAGGAGUAUGUCCUACGACAUUCUGUCCGGUGUGGACUUCCUGCACUCCCACCGGAUAGUGCACCGCGAUCUUAAGCCGCACAACCUGCUGGUGACUUCGACGGGCCGCGUUAAGUUGGCUGACUUCGGUCUUGCCAAGACUUACGACACCGAGAUGAAACUGACUAGUGUGGUGGUGACGCUGUGGUACCGGCCCCCGGAGGUGCUGCUGGGCAUCUCGUACAACACGGCGGUGGACGUGUGGUCGUGCGCCUGCGUGCUGGCGCAGUUGCAUACGCGCGCGCCGCUGCUGCAGGCCGACUGCGACUCGCAGCAGCUGCACUGCAUAUUCAGAUUAAUAGGUCGCCCUCCGAGACACGAAUGGCCGGAAAACGUGGCCAUCGUAGCAGACAGCUUCCCGGACUACCCACCACAAGAUUUAGCUGAUGUCUUACCCAGGAUACACCCCCACGCAUUGGAUAUGAUUAAGGGUAUGCUUGUCUUUGACCCAGCGAAGCGUCUCACAGCUUUGGACUGCUUGGAACAUCCCUACUUCACUGAAGAGCCUCUCAAAUAAUAUUAAUAUUUGUUUAAGUAUUAUAUUGCGCACAAAAUCCUUCUACAUGUACGUAAUAAGCAAAAAAAUCGCGACUGCCCCACAUUGUACAGCGGCCAUAUUGAUUUUUUAUUUUUUUAAUUAUUGCCAGUGUCACUAGGGAUGAUGUAAGGAUCUACCGAUGCCUCAAACAUCCAAAUCUAUCAUUUACAAGUUAUAGUAGAACUAGCUUUUACCCGUGACUUCGCACGCAUAAUAAUUUUAAAAUGAACAAUGGCAAGAUUCUACUUGAAUAUUUUUGGAGGCGUCUACAAAUAUGAAUUAUGCAAAACUUAGUAAUUUAUUUAGUUAUUAUUUUAUACGGAAUUAGUAUUACAAAGUCAAAGUCAAAAUAUCUUAGGUGGCGCUUUUGAUGCAUACAUUACAUGAGAAGUACAUAGUAGUGAGAUGAUGGCGAUAACCAUAUUCGUAAACUUAAAACUAAAGCUACGAGGUUUCGAAACGCUUCCGCGGUUAAACAAUAAGCCCACAACAAGCUUAGCCGGGUGUUUUUUUUUACUAUCACCAUCUCACAUUGUCAUUUAAAAUAAUUAGAAGAGCUACCCGGUUAGAGCAAUAAUUCACACCCAAGCUUUUUUAUCGAUUACGUAGUCCUUUAAACUAUGUUUGAGCUGAGGUUAAAAUCCCCAUCUCCAUCCCUAUCCCUACCCCUACCCCUACUACUAUUAUAAAUGUCAAUGUAAGUUUGUUUGUUACGC